AACUAAAGUAAUACGACGAUGGUUUCUACACUAAUUAAUCAGAUAUGCAGUUCGCACCUCUGUUUUGAAUUCAAUAUGCAUCUCAUGCAAGCUAAACACAAAAAUACUAGUAUCUUGUUCAUAUGAGAAGAAUAACUUUUAUGGUAACACUUUAUACAAAUUUUAUUAUAAAUAAUGGUUAUGUGAAAAAUUCAAAUUUCAAAAAGUGUAAAGUGGUUAUGGUUAAGGUUUAGGAAGCGUCAAGAGGCCAAGGCACAGCAAAACAGAGUAAUUUUCUCCCCGUUUUCGUGUGGGUGUCAUUAAAUGUAGUAUAAUCUUUUGCUUGUAGUUGGCAAAAAAGAGGCCCAACAUCAGUUUUAACACACUCGACUCGACUUCCCCUCAGUUUGAAUUUGAAGGUAGAAAACAGACAAGAUAGAGCUCAAGGUGGGUGCAAAAAGGAUGGAAUCUGUGAUGUAAUGAUUCCCCUCCUCCUUCAUUCUCAAGAUUUUCCCUCUCAACAGCUAUGAUUUUAUCCCAUUUCGCAAUUUGGUGCAAAAGUUUCAGUCUUUUGCCAUCUGGGGCUCCAAGAUUCCUCCAGAAACUGCUGAGAAUUGGUGGCCUUCUUCAAUGAUGUGACUUUCUUCACCUUUUAUUGGGGAAAUGUGGUUUGCUUUUCCAUUUCUCUCUCUACCCCUUCAAAUAUAUACUAUCUCUCUAUUUUAGUGGAAUAUUGUGUUUGAGACAUGGUGGGAGCUCAUGGUUAUCUGGGAUUCUUUAUUUCAUGAGAGGUUUUGCUUUCAUCUUUUAGCUCAUAACUGUGUUUCUAUGGAGGAAGUUGGUGCAAGCAAGGCAUUGGAGAUGGUUGUGUUGGUAGCUUUUUGUGUGAAUAUAGUUUCUGCUGAAUGCGUAGAUAGGCUGAGCAAGAACUUCUCCGGCGAGGCUCCGCCGGCGCUGGGGCCGUCCAGCCUCAGGAGUAGGCUGAGGAGGAUUUUCUUGAGCAUAGCAUUAGGGAUUGUGACAGGAUUAAUUUGUGCCCUUCUCUUAGCUUUGCUGUUUAGGCACUUUGUGAAAUAUGUGAAUAGAGCUCCAAUUCUGAAAGGGCCUGUGCUGUUUUCUCCUAGAAUAUCUGUUAGGACUCUUAGAUCAGCCCUCUCGAAUAGCUCGGAGCUACUGAGCUCGAGCCCCACCGGGAAAUACUACAAGGCUGUGCUCGACAACGGCCUUGUAGUGGCAGUCAAGAGGCUGGAGCCCGAUUGUGGGGCCGGGGCUCGGGGCAAGGCGUUGAAGAAGAAGAUGCAGAAGGAGCUGGUGGUUCUUGCUAGCUUGAGGCAUAGGAAUUUGAUGAGUUUAAGGGCUUAUGUGUGUGAAUCUAGUGGAUACUCGUUGGUGUACGAUUUUGCCCCAACUGGGAGCCUUGAAGAUGCAAUGAGGAGAGUGAGGGAGAAUCAGUUGGAGCUCAAGUGGGAGUCUCGACUUCGGGUUGCUGUUGGUAUAGUUAAAGGCUUGUAUUAUCUGCAUUUCACCUGUGAUCCCAGAAGGUUGCACUACAACUUGAAGCCUUCCAAUGUCAUCUUGAACUCACACUUCGACCCUAGGUUGGCCGAUUGUGGAUUGGCGGCCAUCCUUCCUCAUUUCAGACGAGCAGCAUCCGGCUACAACGCACCCGAGUGUUUUCAGAAUUGUAGGUAUACGGAUAAAAGUGAUGUGUUCAGCUUUGGGGUCAUAUUAGGUGUUCUAUUAACCGGUAGGGACCCGCUGGACCCGUUGUUUGGCGAAGCAACGAGCGGGGGAAGCUUAGGGCAGUGGCUGCGGCAGCUGCAGCAAGCCGGCGAGGGCCGGGAGGCGCUAGACAAGAGCAUUCUAGGAGAGGAAGUGGAAGAGGAGGAGAUGCUGAUGGCUGUCAGAAUCGCGGUUGUGUGCCUAUCGGACUUGCCUGCUGAUCGCCCCUCAACCGAUGAGCUCGUCUCUAUGCUGACUCAGUUGAAUAGUUUCUGAAGCAGGUCGAGACAAAGGAGCUUUUGGUUGUUCCCACGGCUUCCACAGCACGAGGGCGUGCAUAGGUUUGCCGUGGGAGCAACCACUGAGCUCCGCCUUCCCCUCCGGGUCGCGAGUUUUACGGCUUGACGAAGUGAUGCUGUGGAGGUGAAGAAAUUGAUGUGAUGGAGAGCAUUUGGUCAUGGUGGUGGGGAUGAUUUUGUUUGCUCUGUUACUGUGGAAUCACACCAUUUUCACCACUCUUUUAACAUAUCUUAAUAUUACUUGUUUACCUUUUUUUUAGGAGAAUUACAGUUUACAUCCAAACUAAAUUAUGCGCGGCUUUUGAAAAAAUAUCCCAUACUAUCGAUAUUGGCAUAGUAGUGUUGAAUAAAUUGAUUUAGUUUCUAA